AUGACAAGAACGAAUAUGAACCAAGAAAGUAACGAAAAAAAACCAUUACUCGAUCACGAAAAAUCAUCUCAUAGUAUCCAAGAUCAAAAUCAACGUGCAUCUUCUCGUCUUGAAUGGGCAGAAUCAUCUUGGUUUCGUCUCUUCCAUAUUUUAUUUUUUUCUUGGCUUAAACCAAUUCUUUUAUCGGCAUAUAGACGACAAUUAGUAGAAGAUGAACUUGAUGAACCACCUCUGAUUGAUAAAACUGUAGUACUAUUAGAGAGAUUACGAUCUCAUGAUUGGUCAUCAACAACAACAUGGAUGAUUAUUAGAAAAGAAUUUAUGAAAGACUUAAUUUCGGCUGAACGACAAGCAUUGUUUCGUUCAAAUCGUGUUGGUAUUCGAAUUCGUAAUGCAUUGAAUAUCAUCAUUUAUAUGCGUACAUUGUCUUUGAAGUUGACAUCUUCACAAGAAAUAAAUACAGGUCAAAUUUUGAACUUAAUCACCAGUUAUACACUCAAUCUUGAAGAACUAUGCACCAAUUUAGCUGUUGUAACAGGAGGCAUUCUUCAAAUAAUUAUUCUAUUUGGUUUACUUUCUUGGAUUAUACACCCAAUACCAACAUUAUGUGGAUAUGCUUUGUGUCCAAUAUUGAUUCUAAUACAAAUUUAUUUCGGUCGAAAGUUUCGUCAAUGUCGUGAAAUAACAGCGGUGUGUAGUGAUAAACGUAUACACGCAUAUAGUGAAUUUAUCUAUGGAUGUCAUUCUGUUAAAAUGUACAAUUGGGAAAAACUGAUGGAAAAUCGUAUAGUUCAAAUGCGUAAAAGUGAAUUAGAAAGUAUUCGAUAUACAUCUCGUUUUCAUGCAUUCAAUAUUACUCAAUAUUUUAUAUCAACACAACUAUUUUCAUUAGCCAUAUUUGGUAGUGCUUGGCUUUUAGGUUAUCCAUUGACUACAGCAAAUACUUUUCCACUUGUUUUAGCUUUUUCUUUUAUUCGAAGUAGUAUUGGAUACUACAUACCAACAACAUUCCAAAAGUUCAGUGAAGCAAAGUUUGCAUCAAAAAGAAUCGAUGCAUUCCUACGUUUAACUGUGAAACAAGAACAUCAGUCUUCAUCAAACAUAUUGUCAAGUGAUGAGAAACAAAAAGGAAGUAUCAUCAUGUCCAAUGUUUCAUUUUCUUGGCAAAACGAUAUUUCUUGUCUAUCGUCACUGAAUGUAUCGAUUGAAAAAGGUACAUUUGUUGGUAUCGUUGGACCAGUUGGUUGUGGUAAAUCAUCUUUUCUUGCUGCUAUUCUUGGUGAAAUGAAUCUUAUCGAAGGUCAGGUGAAUACACAUCAUAGCUCAUUUUCUUAUGCUGCUCAAUCUCCAUGGGUAUUUUCUGAUACAUUUCGUAAUAAUAUUCUUCUAAAUCGACCAUAUGAUGAACAAAGAUAUAGGGACGUGAUAGAUGCCUGUUGUCUUGAUGUUGAUCUUAGUCGAUUGGGAUCUUGUGGUGAUUUGACAAUAAUGGGAGACAAUGGAGUCAAUUUAAGUGGAGGACAAAAAGCACGAGUAGGAUUAGCACGUGCUUUGUAUGCUGAUGCCGAUAUUUAUUUACUUGAUGAUCCUUUAUCAGCUGUUGAUCGUACAGUAGUCAAAUACAUUUAUGAACGAUGCAUUGGUCCAAAUGGAAUAUUGAGAGAUAAAACUCGACUACUAGUUACUCAUCAAACUCAAUUUCUUUUUGAAGCAGAUCAAAUUAUAUUUCUUUCACAUGGACAAAUUGAUAAAGAAGGUCGGUUAGACAAAGACUUCACAAGACAAAAUGUGUGUGACAAAAAACAAACAUCUACAUUAGUUGCAAUGCUUGAAGACAAUCCACCUGAAUCUGAUGAUCAAUCAGCCAUCACCGAUGAAAUAUCAGUGAAAUAUUCAAUGACAGUGCGAACUAUUGGCUUAGUGUAUGGUUGA